CCUGAAUUCCAUUCCGCCUUUUACUCGGGGCAGUAGUCCUGUGCCCCAGCCGGAGUCGGACUUCCCAUUGACUUGCGCGUGCUUUGCCCAGUCAAACUUUCGGACUGCCAAAGAAAGUGAAGCCAUUGAGCCGAUAAACGCACUAGAUACACGGCACUUUGCAAAUAUUUUCAUUCCAACAAAUUGCUAAGGGAUCGCUACCUGUUGAUGAAGUCCCACCGGGCGUGGGAGCUAGAGAAGCCAUUUCAACUUCAUAGUAAGAAGUGAAUAGGUACAGAAACACACUUCCCAAGUGGCAAGAAGAGAAGGACCUUGAUUUUCUUUUCCCAGCAGUGCAGCCUGGGUUGGUUGGUGGAAAAUGGGCACUCGGAUCUGCUGGAUCCAUGGACUUACGUUCACUUUGAUACUUGCUUAUCAACUACUCACUGUCUGUCAUGGCUCCAAGGUGUGGGGAGAGGCGGCUCUGCCAGAGGACCUGGAGACGGAGAAGACCCUCCGUGUGUCCCGCAGCUUCCUGAAUGACGACGAGGACUUUGCUGCCGACGAGGCAUCGGGAGAGCUUCCAAGUGGAGAGGACGGGGGAAGCACACCAUGGACCGAUGCCCCAGAAACCACAAUCUAUUACCGAGCGCUGGUCAACUUCACCAACUCCCUGGUGUACGGCCCCGAGCUGGAGGACAUCUUCUCCACCGGCUUCACCGAGAUCUCCGACGCAGUGGUGGACACGCUCGAGUCUGAGUAUAACAGGAUUCCAGGAGUUCAGACAGUCAGCGUAGUUCUCAUAAAGAAGGUCAUCCGGGAGGGCGGCGUCGACGUGUUUGUGGAGCUGGACGUGGGCUCAGACUACAACAGCAACGACGAGCAGAUCCGCAGCAUGCUGUACAGCGUGGUGCAGGAGGGCUCCAUCUCCUCCUACGUCACCUCCACAGAGGGCUUCAGCUUCAGACGUCUGGGAGCAGAAGUGGUGUCUAUGGAAGCUCAAGUCACCCCAAACAUCAGGCCUUGCAUGGAGGAUGAGCACAGGUGUGGUGAUGGCUCGUGCAUCCUGCUGGAAUACCUGUGUGACAACCGACCGGAUUGCAGAGACAUGAGUGACGAGAUCAAUUGCGGCAACCAACCUCCCACUCCACUCCUGCCCACGCCUCCCCCCCUCCCCCCCACCACCACCACCAGUACCACCAGUACCACCGUAAAGAAGCCCCCCAAACCCCUGACCCCCCCUGGCCCAGUGGGGCCCUGCAGGUCGGACCAGGCUAAGUGCCAGAGCGGGGAGUGCAUCCCGCGGGACUACCUCUGUGACGGGGAGAGGGACUGCGCCGACGGCAGCGAUGAGUUCCGAUGCGGUACCCCGUCCCCCUGUGAGCCCAACGAGUUCAAGUGUAAGAACGGCCGCUGCGCGCUGAAGCUUUGGCGCUGCGACGGAGACAACGACUGCGAGGACAACUCGGAUGAGACCGACUGCCCCACAAAGAGCCCCGGGGACACGUGCGCUCCGGAGCAGUUUGUGUGCCGCAGCGACCGGACCUGCAUCCCGGCCAGCUACCAGUGUGACGAGGAGCCCGACUGCCCCGACCGCUCCGACGAGUACGGCUGCACGCCCCCGUCCGUGACGAACCCCCCCCAGGAGGCGGUGAGCGCAGCGCGGGGGGAGACGGUCACCUUCUCCUGCCAGGCGGUCGGCGUGCCCACGCCCAUCAUCACCUGGAGGCUGAACUGGGGACACAUCCCCGCCAGUGGCAGGGUCUCCAUGAGCAGUAAGAACGGGCAUGGCGUCCUGAUCAUCAGGGAUGUGAAGGAGGCGGACCAGGGGGCGUACACGUGCGAGGCCAUCAACGCCAAGGGCCUGGUGUUCGGCAUCCCAGACGGAGUCCUCACCCUCACCAACAAAGGGGACUGUCCGGACGGCCACUUCGGCACGCAGGGCCGCUGUGUGUCCUGCUUCUGCGCCGGCAUCACCAAGACCUGCCAGGCCACCGGCCGCUACCGCAACCGCAUCACCCUGCGCUUCAACCAGGAGGACAACCACCAAGGAGUGAAUGUCACUUACCAGUCAAGGCCAGGCACCCCUCCCCUGUCCUCCACUCAGCUGCUCGUUAACCCGGAGCUGGAGGAGUUUCAGCUGGUCGACCUAUCACGCCGCUUCCUCAUCCUCGACUCCUAUUGGACGCUGCCUCGCCAGUUUCUGGGCAACAAGGUUGACUCGUACGGAGGCUCUCUGAAGUACAAGAUCCGCUACACGCUGGCCCGCGGCCUGACGGAGCCCGAGGAGAAGCCCGACGUCCUCCUGGUUGGGAACGGGCGGAGGCUGGUGUACCGCCGGGGCAACCCCACCCCCGCCCGCGUGGUCUACCAGAAGGAGAUCCAUUUCACUGAAGACCACUGGCAGCAGUCCAACGGCAGGUCGGUGAGCCGGGAGGAGCUGCUCAUGACCCUGGCCAACCUGGACACCAUCAACAUCCGCACCGUCUACGACAACCACAUGGUGAGCGUUGCUCUCAGCGACAUCAUCAUGGACACCACCAGCGUGGCGUUCACCACGCACGGGCACGCCAAGGACGUCGAGGAGUGCAGAUGCCCUGCAGGCUACACGGGCCUCUCCUGUGAGAUGUGCUCCGCCGGCUUCGAGCGCAUCCCCGGCGGCUCCUGGCUGGGCACCUGCGAUGGCUGCAACUGCAACGGACAUGCCAGCGGCUGUGAUGCGAUCAGCGGGAACUGUCUGAGCUGCCAGCACCACACAGAAGGUCCUCAGUGCGAUAAGUGUCGACCGGGCUACUUUGGAGACCCCAGCCGAGGUCGCCAUGACGACUGCAAGCCCUGCCCCUGCCCAUACACUGAGACAUCCCGCCGAUUCUCUGACACCUGCUUCCUGGAAACCGACCAGCAGGCGACCUGCGAUGCCUGCCAGCCCGGCUACACAGGGAGACGCUGUGAGAAGUGCGCUCCUGGUUACCAAGGUAACCCUCUGCAGCCCAAUGGAAGGUGCAUUCCUAAUCAGAGCAGCAGAUGUGAUAGCAGAGGAUCAUUCAGCUCCAACAGCAGGCCGUGCUCUUGCAAGAACAACGUGGCCGGAGCCCAGUGCGACCAGUGCAAGCCCGGGUCCUUCCACCUGACGGAGGGCAACGCCGAGGGGUGCAUGCAGUGCUUCUGUAUGGGCGUCACCAAGGAGUGUGCCAGCUCCUCCUGGAGCAGGGACCAGGUCCAGGGGGGCGCCAAUGGGGAGCGCUUCUCCCUGACCAACCUGGCCCAGACGCAGGGCACCUCGGACAGCCUCUCCCAGACCGGCACCCAGGUGGUGUUCAGCUCCUUCGCCUCCCUGCCCAUCGACACCUACUACUGGGUGCUGCCACAGAGCUUCCUGGGGGACAAGGUGACAGCCUAUGGUGGGGAGCUGAGCUACACGGUGCGCUAUGAGCCGCGCCAGCGCUCGCUGGUGAUCGACGGCCAGCCGGACGUGGUCAUCCAGGGCAACGGCAUCUCCCUGGAGCACCACUCCCAGUCCCGGGUCAGCCCGCGCACCCCCGUCACCGUGACGGUGACCUUCAGGGAGGCCGCUUGGCGCCGCACCGACGGCCAGCCCUGCACCCGGGAGCACCUUCUGAUGGCCCUGGCUGACAUCACCGUCUUCAUGAUCCGAGCCACCUACGCCGACAGCAUGGCCGAGAGCAGCAUCUCAGAGAUCAAGAUGGACAUCGCUGUCCCACAUUCUACGGGUCACGAGCGGGCCCUGGAGGUGGAAGAGUGUGCCUGUCCUCAGGGCUACAGAGGGCCCUCUUGCCAGGAGUGCGAUACAGGCUACACCCGCACAGGCUCCGGCCUGUACCUGGGAACCUGCGAGAGGUGUGCCUGCAACGGACACGCCAGCAGGUGUGACCUGGACACCGGUGCGUGUCUGCAAUGCCUCCAUAACACCGCUGGGCCAAGGUGCGAGCUCUGUCUUCCUGGUUUCUAUGGAGACCCUGCGACCGGCGGAGCUGAGGCCUGCAAGACCUGCCCCUGUCAAGGAUCCUCCUCAAGAUCCUGUUAUCUGGAUUCGGACGGUGGUCCCACAUGUGAAAACUGUCCUACCGGCUACACCGGCCGUCGCUGUGAGAGAUGUGCUCCUGGUUACACUGGCAACCCGCAGCUUGGACAGGCGUGCAAGGUCAAUGGUGACUGCUCUAACUGUGACCAAAGAGGUACUGUUGGCUGCAAUGGAGGAGCUUGCAACUGUAAGAUUAACAUCGAGGGCUCAUCUUGCGCCAACUGCAAGUCUGGAACCUUCCACCUCAGCCCGGACAACAAAGAUGGCUGCCUGUCUUGCUUCUGUAUGGGCGUGACUCAGCUGUGUUCCAGCUCCACCUACUACAGAGACUUGGUCUCCUCCGUCUUCACUCCAGGGAACUUCCAGGACUACGCCCUGGUGAACCGCCAGCGAACCAACCGCAUCACCUCUGGCUUCUCCGUGGAGGUGUCCACCGACGGCACCCAGCUCUCCUACAGCAACUUUGACUACCUGAACCAGGAGCCCCACUACUGGCAGCUGCCCGGAGCCUACCAGGGGGACAAGUACGCUCUGGUCUUCAAAGGGUUCAGCUCCCGCCAGGAAGAGCCGCUCUACUGGCUGCUCCCGGCCCACUUCACAGGGGACAAGGUGGUCUCCUACGGUGCCAAGCUGAGGUACACCAUCUCCUACGUGGCCAGCUCCAGGGGAACACACCUGGACGACGCAGACGUUCAGAUCAUCGGCAACGACAUCACCCUGGUGGCCCGCCAGUCCUGGCAGAGGAGGCAGCAGGGAGCCCGCGAGUCCAAACGCUUUGAGAUUGUCUUCAGAGAGGAGAACUGGCAGCGUCCGGACGGCAUGCCGGCCACCCGGGAGCACCUGAUGAUGGUGCUGGCCGACCUGGACGACAUCCUGAUCCGCGCGUCCCACUCCAGCGAGAUGCGCUCCUCCAGCAUCUCUGAGGUCAGCAUGGAGGUGGCUGUGCCCAACUACAGCAGCCUGGCCCAGGCGUUGGAGGUGGAGCAGUGCCGCUGCCCGUCCGGAUACCAGGGACUCUCCUGCCAGGACUGUGCUGUCGGAUACAGCCGUACGGGGGGAGGUCUGUACCUGGGCCACUGUGAGCUUUGUGAAUGCAAUGGCCACUCCGACUCCUGCCACCCAGAGACUGGCAUCUGCACGAGCUGCCUGCACAACACCCAGGGCGAGCUGUGUGAGCAGUGUGCCACCGGUUUCUACGGCGACCCCACCGUCGGGACCCCCGAGGACUGCCAGCCAUGCGCCUGUCCCAACACGGACCCCGACAACCAGUUCUCCCCCACCUGUGAGAGCCUUGGUAACGGAGGCUACCAGUGCACUGCCUGUCAGCCUGGUUACACGGGCCAGUACUGUGAACGCUGUGCUCCGGGCUACGUUGGCAACCCACAAGAGAGAGCCAAAUGUCGUCCUUUCGAUGACGCAGCCUCCCUGGUGGUGAAGGUGUACCCAGAGCGGGUGCUCACCUCCCAGGGCGGCUCAGUGACCCUGAGGUGCCAGGUGAGCGGAGCCCCACCACACUACAUAUUCUGGUCCAGGGAGGACGGACUGCCCAUCUCCACCAACGCCGAAAGAAGCAGAAACGGAGAGGAGCUACACUUCAGCAGCGCGCAGCUCAACGAUGCUGGCGUCUACAUCUGCACCUGCAGAGACCUGCGCAGCACCAACAGGAGUCGGGCCGAGAUCGUGGUCACAGCGGUGUCGUCCAAGCUCAUCAAGGUGACCGUGGAGGAGCCCCAGACCCAGAACAUCAGACCAGGAGCCACCGUCAGCUUCAUCUGCACCGCCAAGAGCAAGUCUCCGGCCUACACGCUGGUGUGGACGCGGCAGGGCAACGGCAAGCUGUCCAACCGGGCCAUGGACUUCAACGGCAUCCUGACCAUCCAGAACGUGCGGCCUGAGGACGCCGGCGUCUACAUCUGCACGGGCUCCAACAUGUACGCCAUGGACGAGGGCAACGCCGCCCUCUUCGUGCUAGAGCCCUCACAGACACAGAUGUUUUACACAGCCUAUGAAAUGUUUGAAGGACAUAGACAGCCCGGGGACGGGUCGCAGCCCGUGGCCACGGUCACUCCCGCAGUGCUGAGCGUCCAGUCGGGACAGCGGGCCGAGUUCCGCUGUGCCGCCACAGGGAGUCCCACACCGGCCGUCGAGUGGAUCCAAAUCCGACCUCGAUCCCAAGCCAAGGUGCACGGGGGGCUCCUAUCCUUUUCGUCCGUGCAGAAGUCCGACGAGGGGGAGUACAUCUGCAAGGCCCUGAACACCCACGGCGAGCACACAGUGCGAGUCACCCUCUAUGUGCAAAAGUCCAACACGGGCGGACAUAUUAUUGGAGGCGGUCAUGGCAACACAGGUGGUCAUGGCAACACAGGUGGUCAUGGCAACAAAGGCGGUCAUGGCAACACAGGUGGUCAUGGCAACACAGGUGGUCAUGGCAACAACGGCGGUCAUGACAACACCGGGGGCCAUGGCAACAAUGGCGGUCAUGACAACUCGGGCGGUCAUGGCAACACGGGCGGCCAUUCCCACACUGGCGGUCACGGCCAAACAGACUCUCAGAUCAACACAGGUCUAGUCAGCCAGCCCCAGGUCCAAGUGAGCCCCCCCAGCGCCGAGAUCCACGAGGGCGAGACCCUGAGGCUGUACUGCCGGGCCUCCGGAUCACCCGCGCCCAAGCUCACCUGGCUGAGGAACGGGGGUCAGGUCCCGCCCCAGGCCAUUCCCUCUCACGGUUUCCAUCAGUUUAAAAGCAACAGUCUCGAUCUGUUACAGAGACGUAUUGAAGAGCUGCAGAACCGCAUGGAUCGCACUGACAUCGGCACGCUGCUCAUUCCCAACGCCAAGGCGUCCGACUCUGGGAACUAUAUGUGCGUCGGAAGCAACAGCGCUGGCUCGAGCAGGGCCUCCAUCCAGGUCACUGUGAUCAAGGCGGACCAUGUGACCGCGCCGGUCAGCAUCCAGCCCUCCAUAGCUGACGUGCAGGAAGGCCAGAGCCUGGUGCUCAACUGCUUGACUACUGGGAGCCCCCUACCCAGAGUCACAUGGACCCGGGCCAGAGGCCGCCUGUCCGCCAACCACCAGGUUCUUGGCAAUCAGCUGCGCAUCCUGUCGGCCACUCCUGACGACUCCGGGGACUACAUCUGUCGGGUGAUCAGUAACCAGGGCAACCAAGAGACCCCCGUCCACCAGUCGGCGGUCUCCGUGUCUGUCACCUCGUCUUCCUCCCGCCUGCAGACGCCCAUCAUCUCCAUCGAGCCCCACAGCGCCUCGGUGCGUCUGGGCCAGGCGGCCAGCUUCAAGUGCCGGGUGUACAGCGGAGCCACGCCCGUCCGCCUCGAGUGGAAGAUGUCCAACAACAGAGCCCUGCCAGCUAAUGUCAAGGUCUCCCGGGACGGUUCUGUGAUCACCAUUUCCAACGCCCAGCCCAGCAACCGCGGGGCAUACCACUGCGUGGCCAGCAACCUGUUUGGUAUCACCCAGAGCAUUGUCUCCUUCAAUGUCAGAGAGGCCCCCGUGGGGUUGGUGACCCCUAGCGGGCCGGUGAGGGUCCGGGUCGGGGACCCCAUCGUCCUGGAGUGCCAGUCGUCCGGAGAGCCCCGCCCGUCCGUCUCCUGGCACAAGCUGGACAGCAGCCGCAAGACCAUGCUGAACAGCCCCGCGCCCAUGGACUCCAACGUCGUGCUGGAGGUACUGUCCGCCCGGCCGGAGGACGGCGGCACCUACGUGUGCACGGUGCGCAACAGCGAGGGCAGCUCGGAGACCCGGGUGAACGUGGUGGUGGAGGGCGGGGCCCGGCUGCCCAGCGUGCCCAGGGCCUCCGUCCUGGAGCCCCUCAUGAUCGUGGAGGAGGGCAAGACCGUCACGCUGCACUGCAAAGCACAUGGCUUCCCUACCCCCAGGAUCAGCUGGUCUAAGCUGCGCUCCCCUCUCCCCUGGAGGCACAGCGUGGUGAACGGCAGCCUGGUGCUGCCCAGCGUGGGCCGUCAGGACUCUGGAGAAUACAUCUGCAACGCCACCAACAACCUGGGCACCAGCGAGGUCAUCAUCACGCUGGACGUGGAGACCUUGCCCUACGCCACCGCCAUGCCCGACGACGUGGCCGUGCGCGUGGGGGAGGUGAUCCGGCUGCAGUGCGUGGCCCACGGGACCCCCCCCCUGCAGUACACCUGGAGCAAGGAGGAGGGCAGCCUGCCCGCCCGGGCCAUGGUCAGCGAGGGCGACCUGCAGAUCGACCUGGCCACCCCGGAUGACGCCGGCAACUACAAGUGCGCCGUGACGAACCGGAUGGGCCGCAGCGAGACCCUGGCCAAGGUCACCGUGAGAUCCCCCCUGGGGGUCCGCAUCUACCCCCAGGUGGACGUGAAGGCCCUGGGCGGGACGGUGGAGUUCACCUGCUCUGCAGCAGGGGGCGCUGAGACCAUCAUGGAGUGGCUGAAAGAAGGAGACGUUCUGCCUCCAAACCACCAUGUCAAGGACGGUGUGCUGAGGAUUGAGAAUCUCAAGCAAAGCGAUGAAGGCGUUUACAUUUGCAGAGCUAGCAGUCCAUACGGCCAGGCCCAGGACUCUGCUACGCUCACCAUCCAAGCGCUGCCCAAGGUGAUGAUCAACGUGCGCACCUCCAUCCAGACGGUGAUGGUGGGCAACGCGGUGGAGUUUGAGUGCCAGGCCAUCGGCGACCCCCAGCCCACGGUGCGCUGGAGCAAGGUGGGCGGCACGCUGCCCGCCCACAUCGUGGUGAAGGAGGGCAUGCUGCAGAUCAGCCAGGUGACGGAGGCGGACGCCGGGGAGUACCGCUGCACCGCCACCAACGACGUGGGCUCGGUGCAGUCCCAGGUGGUGCUCAAAGUCCAGUCCCUGCCUCAGAUCGCGGCGCUGCCUGAGACCAAGGAGGUGACGCUGGGCUCGGACGCCGUUCUUCCCUGUGAGGCCUCAGGGUAUCCUGAGCCCAAGAUAAGAUGGUCCAAGCUGGGUGAAGAGCUCCCACCCAAGUGUUUCCAGGUGCUGAACGUACUGACGGUGCCGCGCGUCACCCAGGAGGAUUCUGGGACGUACGUGUGCACCGCCGCCAACAAGCAGGGCAAGGUGGAGGCCUUCACCAGUCUGCAGGUCCACGAGAGAGUGAUGCCCUACUUCACUCAGGAGCCCCUGUCCUACCUCUCACUGCCCACCAUCAGGAACGCCUACAAGGCCUUCAGCAUCAACAUCACCUUCAGACCCGACAACGUUGACGGUGUCAUAUUGUACGCCGGGAUGAUCGUCUACAACGGCCAGAGGAAGAGCACAGGAGCAGACUUCAUGUCCCUGGGUCUCGUGGGCGGACGCCUGGAGUUCAGGUUCGAUGUGGGCUCCGGCAUGGCCACCAUUCGCGACCCAAACCCCAUCAAACUGGGAGAGUUCCACACAGUGGAGCUGCACCGUAACCUCACCCUGGGCUCCCUCCGCGUGGACGGGGGGGAGGCCAUCAACGGAAGCUCCCAGGGCAAGUUCCAGGGGCUGGAUCUGAACGAGGAGCUCCAUGUGGGGGGCUACCCCAACUACACCCUCAUCGCUAAGACAGCGGGCAUCAAGACCGGCUUUGUGGGCUGUAUCCGUCAGCUGAUCAUCCAGGACGAGGAAGUGAUCUUCAAAGAUCUCGACCGCAGCUCCACCGGCGUCACCAACUGUCCCACAUGCAAGGACCAGCCCUGCCAGAAUGGGGGCAACUGCGUAGUUUCAGAGGCCAGCUUGUACAAAUGCGGCUGUCUGGAAGGAUUUACCGGCAGCAACUGCCAGCAUCACUCUGCACUGCAUUGCCACAUCGACGCGUGCGGUCCUGAUGCCACCUGCAUCAACCGUCCCAACGGCCUCGGCUACGACUGCCGCUGCCAUCUGGGCAAGUCAGGAAACAAGUGCAUGGGAGGUGAGUUGGUGACCACGCCCAUGUUUGAUGGCGACGCGUCCUACAUCGCCUACCCCCCGCUCACCAACGUCCACGACGACCUGCGGGUGGAGCUGGAGUUCAAGCCGCAGGAAGGCGACGGCCUCAUGUUCUUCUGCGGAGGGAAGAAGAUGAAGGUGGAGGACUUUGUGGCCGUCUCCAUGGUGGACGGACACGUGGAGUUCAGAUACGAGCUGGGCACAGGCCAGGCCAUCCUGCGCAGCCCGGAGCCGGUCUCCCUGGGCCAGUGGCACCGAGUGGUGGCCGAGCGGAACAUGAGGGAGGGCCAGCUGAGGGUGGACCAGGGGCCCAUGGAGAAGAAGACGUCCCCGGGCAAGGCCCAGGGCCUGAACAUCCACACGCCCAUGUACCUGGGAGGGGUGCGGGACGUGGGCAUGCUGCCCAAGCCAGCCAACAUCAGCGUACUUUUCACGGGGUGCAUCGGAGAGGUCUCCAUCAACAACAAGAAGGUGGACCUGUCCUACAGCUUCACGGAGAGCCGCGGAGUCCGCAAGUGUGCCGAGGACAGCCCCUGUGACCGCCGGCCCUGCCUGCACGGGGGCCACUGCAUGUCCAACGCCGAGUACGAGUACCAGUGCCUCUGCAAAGACGGCUUUGAAGGAGAGCACUGCGAGGUGGUGAGGGAGGUGUGCCAGAGAGACCACCAGUGCCACAGCGGCGGGAGCUGCGUGGAGGGCCAGUGUGUGUGCACAGCGGGACACUCGGGCCUGUACUGUGAGGAAGGCCCGCUUUCCAGCCACACUGAGGCCCCGUGGAAUUUGGAGGGUAACGGGGUGAAUGACUCGCCCUAUCAGUAUGCAGCACAUUUCAACAACGAUGGCUACAUUCCCCUUCCCAAACUCAUCUUCCCCCGAAGCGCCCAGGACACGCCCGAGACCAUUGAGCUGGAGGUCCUCACAACCUCCUCGGAGGGCCUGGUGCUCUGGCAGGGGGUGGAGACCAAUGGCACACGCCAUUUGCGCAAGGUGCAUGCUAACAAAAAGGAAAUGGGCGAUAGGGGAAAGGGCAAGGACUUUAUCAGCCUGGGGCUGCAGAACGGACACCUUGUUUUCAGUUACCAGCUGGGCAGUGGAGAGGCGGAGAUUAAAUCGUGGGAGCCAAUCAAUGACGGCCAAUGGCACAAGGUCACCGCGGUCAGAACUGGAAAAGAGGGCUACAUCCAGAUAGACGGGGGAGACAUGAGACACGGACAGUCCAAGGGCAAAAGCCUCAUGGUCAACACCAAAGGCAGAAUAUACCUGGGGGGCGCUCCGGACAUGGUGGGGAUGACGGGCGGGAAGUUCUCCGGCGGUAUGCGGGGCUGCGUGCGCAGCGUGUCGCUGAUGAGCGCGUGGCCUGGGGCUCAGCCGGCGCAUGCCAUCGACCUGCAGGCGCACGCCAAGCACGGCGUCAACGUGCAACCCUGCUCCUCAUAGACAGCAGUACACACACACAGACACACACACACACACA